AAAGCUAUUAAUCAAAACACGACUCAUUUAGGAAAGAAACUCGGCAAAGAGAAAGCAAACUCUAAAGAUAUUUGGGACCCGGAUGUAGUACAGGAACAAGCGUCACUGGAGGAUGAACUCGAUUCCAGACCGGCUCCUGAGUAUGAGUAUCUGUUUCAACAGGCCGUCAGUGCAGAGGAAAUGUUCCUUGGGAUGGGAAGUAAAAACACAUCAACAGCUUCUUGUGAAAAUUUAUUGGUUAAAAUCAAACUGCCUGGUGUGAAGUACUCUGAUGUCCAACUUGAUGUCACUGACACAUUCCUUGACUGUCGGACACCUCAUCAUAAACUAGGCCUUCCUUUGCCACAUCAAGUUGACAGUAAGAAUGGCAAGGCACAAUGGGACGAGUCAAAAAAUGUGUUGACUGUAACCCUUCGAAUGAUAAGAGAGUAUGAUUUCUUGCAAGUUUAGAUGGUGUGGUUUACUGUGGUUAGAUAUGCAGCAUUUGAUAUUAAUUAUUUAAAGUUUAAACAGAGUGGAAAUUAUAUACUUGAUGUGUGAA